CGCGGUCUUUGAUGUCACAGAAGAUAGACACAAAUUGCUGGAGUAACUCAGCGGGACAGGCAGCAUCUCUGGAGAGAAGGAAUGACGUUUGGGGUCGAGACUAUUGCUCCACUUUAAUACCACGGGAUGACUGGGAGGAGGGCGACCGCCAGUCGAAUUCAGGAAGAAGAGGGAGCAGAUCGUGCGUAUGCUUUGCAGGUAUUUUUCAUCUUGUGCUACACAGAUUUGGCCAAAUGGACAACUGGGCAUUUUUAGCAGUCGUAUAUAGCAUUAGCCUCACUUUUGUAAUACCAGCCAUCGGCUGUGAAGAAAAUAGUGAUAUCUCUUCAGAUGACUGGAAAAGCCCCAAUGUCACAGCUGUUCACUCUUGGGAUCAGGCCUCAUUUAUCGUACGAAUGUAUAGCAGCUCAAACCAAACAUCUGGACAAAAUGGAAGUAAUUUGGCAUUUGGAUUUGCUGCCUGCGCCAUUGCUGCUGUGCUUUUUGGAAGCAAUUUUGUUCCUGUAAAGAAGUUUGAUACUGGCGAUGGGUUGUUUUUCCAGUGGAUUCUUUGUGCGGGAAUAUGGAUUGUGUCUCUUCUUGUCAACUUAAUUUUGAAGUGCCCUACAUUCUGGCCUUUUGCCAUGAUAGGAGGUUUUAUAUGGGCAACUGGGAAUAUAACUGUUGUUCCAAUUCUGAAAACUAUUGGUUUAGGCCUUGGAGUUUUAAUCUGGGCAGCAUUUAAUCUCUUGAUGGGAUGGGCAAGUUCUAGAUUUGGUUGGUUUGGCAUUGACGCUCAAGAAGUAGCAAAACCUUACUUAAACUACACUGGGGCAGCUUUGUCUUUCUUAAGUGCCAUCGUAUAUUUCUUUGUCAAAACUGAUGUAAGUGCUCCACACACAUCGGAGUCGACAGUUCCAAUGCUGAUUGACAGUAAUAUAAACCGUGAUGAAGAAGGCAUGUUGACAGAUGCAUCCUGGGUAGACAAACUUAGUCCACUACAAAAAAAGGUUGUGGGUUCAUGCCUUGCAGUCUUUGCAGGAUUACUGUACGGUUCUAACUUUGUACCAGUGAUAUACAUCAAGAAUCAUGCCCUGAAGAAUGAAACGAAAUAUAGAAAUGCAAGCCAGUUUGAUUUGGACUAUGUAUUUGCACAUUUUAGUGGCAUAUUUCUCACAAGUACUGUCUACUUUCUGAUAUAUUGUGUAAUAAUGAAGAAUAAACCAAAAGUUUACCCAAAGGCAAUACUGCCAGGAUUUGUUUCAGGUGUGCUGUGGGCUAUUGCUAGCUGCUGCUGGUUCCUGGCGAAUUAUUUCCUCAGUGCUGUUAUUAGUUUCCCUAUUAUCACAGCCAUACCAGGUUUCAUCGCUGCUUUAUGGGGGGUACUUGUUUUCAAAGAAAUAAAAGGGAUGAGGAACUAUCUUAUUCUCGGCAUUGCCUUCUGCACUUUAUCAGCAGGGGUGUUAGCAACUGCCUUUUCCAAGCUGUCUUAAAACUGGGAGUUGGCGUCGGCGCAAAGUGUUUGCUCACUCGGAAAUCGAAACAGUUCAAUGAACGGACUGCUUUUGGUAUCAGCAAUACAGUGCAUUGGAAUCGUUUUAACAGUAGCCUUAAGAUGAAAACAGGCUUUACAGAAUUUUUAAUUAUUUUUAUUGUUCAGUUAUUUGUUAAUGGAAAAUAUGUUUAUUGACCUCAAUACAAUUGUUCUGAUUCAGAAAUACAUAGAUACUGCUAAGAGGUGUUAAGAUUAGGAACAGAACUACUGUAAAUUUCGGACAAGGAUGCUGAAUUAAAAGAACAUACCUCAUUAAAUCCUUAAUCAAUGACAGACUAAACAAGGGCAUUUGAUUAUAUUUAAAUUAAUUCUAAUUUAAGCCUCUGGCACACUCUACAUAAGCGGUUGGAGAGCAGGCCUUGUUCAUGAUGUGGGACAUUUUAUUGGAGUACUGUAUUAGAAUUUUGGAGACAUGUAUAGAACUAGUUACAUUCAGGUAUAUAGUUCCUCUCAACCUGACCACUUACGCUUUUCAGCAUUUACCUGAAAUCUGAAGGUCCUUCCCUAAACAUCUUUACCUCUUAGUUCUAAUUCUUAAUUCAUAACAAGCUUUUCUCAUCUUCCUGAUAAAUUGCCAACAUGUUUGUGAACCAGGUUGGACAUUUUAAUGUUAAAUGUUAUAUAAAAGGAAUGUUAUUAAUGCAUUAAUCAUUUUAAUUGAAUAUGGGACCAUUUGGAUGAUUUUGUGAUGGCCUUAAAAUAUUCUUAAAACCAUAAAAAUUAAUUAAGCAAUUAUUUCCUUUCAAAAUAUUUCUUUAGUUUGCCCACUUGUAUUUGUACUUACUCAUUUUAAAUGAGAGGAACUGAUCAUGUGCAAUCAAAAUGCAAUCAGAGAUAAUGACUUGCAAGCUUUGGUACUUUACAGACACUAAACACAUGAAAAGUCUAUUGCUCUAGGAGUAAACAGAAGUAAACAAAAAACUAUAUUUUGGAUGUGAAAUAUUCCUGAGUUCUAAUGAAAACAUUACAAUUGUUCGAUAUUUUCAAGUGUAUUUUUAUUAACAACAAAAUGUUAAAUCAUUAUGUCUUUGAUUAAACAUGUUCAUACUGAAAUCCUGUUACGAGAUAUUGAAAACAUUUUUUAAUUGUUUUCAUAAUAAAAUUUGUUCCACAGGGUGUAAAU